GCUCGCGCAAUCCACAUUCCUCUUGGUUGGAAUUGCAGAGGGCGCAAGGAACACAGCCCGUAAAUCACAAUUCCUCUCUGUCUUUCUCUCUGAGCCUCGAUCAAUUUCUCUUCGCCUGCCACCAGGCAGUUCCAAGUAGUCGUCGUAAACAAAAAAUAUUCGUUUUUUUAAGAGGCGACUCUGAGACAACAGAGGCAUUUCACAUGUUAGUUCUUUUUUAUUUUUUUCUAAUUUUUUUGUCCAGAUGCCGAACCACAGCAGUCUGCUUCUGAGGCGAGUGCUGCUGUAGGAAGGAAAGAAGACACUGCCAACGGACAAAAAAAAAUAAAAUUAUAAAAGAGCAGUUACGUGUUAUCAUGCUUCAUGCAUCCAUGAGGCGAAAAUGCAGCUUGUGGAGGCUGGCAUCGCUGCAGUCGGUUCUGUGAGUCUACGGCGGGAGCUCAGAGGAGCGGGAGAGGAACACAGCACCACCGCUGCUGCAGCAAGACGGAGUACGAGGCUGACUCUACUUGCCCCCACAUUCAUAGAAAUGGCAGCCAAGACAGAAAAGGCUCCUGUGUGGUAGCCCCCUCGUGUGUGCCAUCAGGGACUGUGGAGCAGAAACACUGGUUCCCAUAUUUUGACAGCUAAACCAACAGGGGCCUUCUUAUUCCAACUGAUCUUGACUGGGCUACAAUAAGCACUAGGAGGCUUCUGAAAUAAUCUCACACACACACAAACACACACUCCUAUAGUCCCAUGAGCGGCCUGUCUGGGCGUCUUCGAUCAGGCGGCGUGCGCGUUGUGUGUGGGGGGGUGGCGGAGGAAGAGGACUGCGCCGAGCCGGGGGAGGCCUGGGGGGGCCCAGAGAGGGAGGAGGAGGAGGGGGCCCCCGCCACUGCGGCGGUCGCCAGUGGCUCCGUAGGACCCGGUCCCCGUCCCAGUCCUGGUCCUGGCUCAGGUCCGGUGGCGAGUUCGGGUCUGGGUUCUGGUCCCGUACCCUCGGGCCCCUCAGCCUCUGCUGGGCAGUACGGCAUCCGCCCCCCUCACUCCCUGGCCAAUGGCCUACGUAGCCAUGACAACCAGCGCAGGGCGUCCUCGUGUAAGCACAGGGGCGAGGAGGCUACGGUUACCACAACGACAACAGCGGCGACACCUGCGAGCCUGCAUCAGCAGGAUCGGCAAGCCCACGCCCCCAUCAACACCCCACCUCAACGGCCGCCAGAGACGCACACAGCCCAGCCCUCAGAGCUGCCCACAGAGUCUCACACAGUGUCUCAUACGCCAGGGUGCACUCGCUCAGAAAUGGAGCUGGAAUCGACAGCGGUGCAGUCACAGUCACAGCCGCCGACACAGACACAGACGCACAACCAAACGCCGUCGCCGCUCGUCAAGUCUGUGCCGUCUGGGCAUCCCCCGCUCUCCUCAACCAGCUCCACCCUCACCAACACCAUGACCGGCACCGCCACCACCCCCAGCCCCACCACAGCCCUCCCCCUUGACCACACCAAGCCAAAUCACACAACCACCACAACACCAACAGCCGCCACCACCGCUUCUGCCGCGGUCACCGUGUGCGGGACGGGCGGUGUCGGUGUCGGUGCCUGUGGUGCCGCCCCUAACACCACGACAGAGCAGGAGAGGAAGUACACCCUGAGGAGCUCGGGGCGGCCGCGCUUCCCAAGCCACCUGCGCAAAUCCAGCAGGCUCCGCCGCACCUCCGAAAGCACAAGGGAGCGGCAGGACGACGAGAUCCUAGAGAUACUGGAUGAGGAGGAGAGAGCGGUAGUAGUGAAGAGAGAGGAGAGACCAGUAGUGGAGAAGAGGCCAGUAGUGAAAAGAGAGGAAAGACCUGUCAUAAAGAGAGAGGAGAGACCUGUGGUAAAGACGGAAGAGAGACCGGUAGUGAAAAGAGAAGAGAGACCGGUAGUGAAAAGAGAGGGGAAGGCGUGGAGAGGAGGACACGGAGGAAGGCUAGGAUUAGGAGGGGUGGUAGAGCGGCUGAAAACAGAGCGAGUUCCCGAGGUUUCUCCUCCUCCUCUUCCUCCUCUUCCUCUUCCUCCUCAUCCUGCUUUCCCUCCUCAUCCUGCUUUCCCUCCUCAUCCUCGCCCCCGCCCUGCUCCCCCUCGCCCAGCGAUCGGCCACCCUCACCCUCGCCCGCCCCAGUUCGGCACCCCGACCCCUUGCAUCCCGCGCAGCCUCGCCGAGUGCCCCAUCUGCCCGCCGCACAUCAAGCGCAAGGGCCGCUUCAUGGGCACCCGCCGCAUCGUGGUGAAGGUGCCCCGCAUCCCCGUGCACCUCAGCCGCCGCCAGAAGAGCUACAAGAUCUCCUCUCUGGAGCCGGUGGGCCCAUGGGCACCAGCAGGGGGCGGCAAGGAGGCCAACGCCUCGGGCCCGCCGGGCGCGCCGGGGACACCGGGUGAGGGAGGAGGAGGAGGGCCUCCGCGCGAGCCCACCGCCCUGCUGCGCAUGAAGAACAACGGCAAGAGUGUCAUGGUGAUGUUCCCGCCGGGAGAGCUGCCUGUGAUCCUGAAGCGGCGCCGGGGGCGGCCCCCAAAACAGGCGCUGCCCGGGCAACCCGACCUGAAGGAGACCAGAGCGGCCGCUGCAGCCAUCGCAGCCGCCGGGGGCAACGGAGAACCGGUCAAAAAGCCGCGCCGACGAAGACGGGUGAAGCUGCCGUCCCCUCAGCCGUGCUACGUGACUGAGACCAAUGACGCAUGCGGCGAGUAUGCAGACGUCUUGUCCAAGCUGGCAUUCCUGACUCGGCAGCCUCCGCCCACCGGGCGCUGCUCCCCGCCGCGAUGCUGGACGCCCACGCAGCCAGAGAGUGCCAACGCCGUGCCCCCGAACCCUGGCCUACCCGCCCUCCUCCAGAAGCUCUCAGGGUUUCGGAAGAGGGGCGGCAGAGGGGGCGGUGGCGGUUUACGCGGUGGUGCGGCAGGACUCGGGGGCAAAGACAACAAAAGCUCCUUCUGUGAGUUUUUUGAGACCAUUGGAAAGAAGCGGAAAGCCGUGCCUGAGCCGGGUACGCCGCGGGGCAAGCGAGGCAAAGGGGCCGCCGGAGCCGGGCUGAGCAGGGCGGCGCUAGCAGAAAAGAUCCAGGCGGGCGAAAUGAUGGACCCCAUGGCCCCUCCUGGUGAGAAGCCGCCGCGUAAGCGACGCCAGCGCAAAAACGGACAGCUGAAGGGCGGACAGGGUAGCUUGUCUGGCGACGACUGGGCCAAUGGCAGCAUGGGGUGGGGCGAGGGGAAGCGCACACCCGAAAGGUACAGCCUCAUGUCCUGCUCUGAGGGGAGAGGCAGUAGUGCCGGCGGGAUGUACGGCAGCCCAGGUGUGCAGAGCAGCAGUGGCGGCGAUGACGCACAGGGACUGUUUGCCGGCUACUUCCGCUCGCUGCUCGACUCGGACGACUCCUCGGACCUAGUGGACAUGUCCAGCCCCGCCGGCCACAGCAAGACGCCUGUGGGGUUCGAGGGUUCCCCGCACCGCUGGUCCCCUGCCUUCCCCAAAUGUAGCCCAAAGGGCCAGAGCACUCCCACGGGCGAGGCCGGGGGCCUGCCUCAGACCAAAAGCAGCGGGGGCAGCAGCACCCCCGCCAGGCCCUCCUCCUACCCCUACGGACAGAUAUCUCCAACCACGCCCACCUACUCCAAGACCUCCGCGCUCUCCCAGGCCCGCUCGCCCAGCUCUACGCACCCAUCGGCGGGCUACAGCCCUUUCCCUUCCGGCUACAACAUCAGCGGCAGCGGUGCGCAACACCCACACAUGUCUUCAGGCGUUAUGGGCUCACCCAGCCAGGCACAGCAGAGGGGGAGUGAGUGCAGUUUUGGGUUCGGGCCGACAAAGGCCUCGUCCUCCCCCUCGUCCCAGUGCUCGAUGGCCUACGCCGGCUACCAGCAAGUAGCCAAGUGCGGCUACGGGUCCUACAGCCCGGGCCACUCCGCCAUGAUGAGGGGUGAGGGAAACGGCCCCACGUCGCCCGGGGGAGGGGGUUACAUGAUGAUGUCCAAAUCCGGCCACCACCAUGCUACCUCCUCCUCCUCCGCUGCUGCGUCUCCACAUGAAGAGUACCGGCAGUACGCGGGUCAGUGGGGCUACCACCACCGACAGCAGCAGCAGCAGCAACAGCAGCAGAUGUGGGGAGGCGGUGCCGCCAGUGGCGUGGAGGGUUUCAUGGGGAGCCACAGCUACCACGGCUACGCUGAGUACGCCGGCGGCGGUGGCGGCGUCCCCACCACGUCACCAGAGUCCAAGGACAUCCUGGACAUUUCCAAUUACACGCCGCAGAAGGCCAAGCAGCAGACACGGCCGUGCUUGGACACGCUUUCCGAGUCGUCAUCGGACUCAUCGCACAUCAGCGGAGGAGGGGGAGGAGGCGGAGGGGGACGCGGCCCCCCACCGUCGUCAUCGUACAGGCAACAGAGGGAGAUGCCGGUCAUGCCGAUGGAGAGCCAGUCCAGCCUGUCGAGCCUGGAGAAGCUGAUGAUGGACUGGAACGAGAGCUCCACAGGGCCAGCAUACAGCUGGAGCCAGAGCAUGCUGUUCCAAGGUGGGGGCGGCGGCAACAGCUGUGGUGGUGGUGGUGGUGGUGGUGGUGGCGGAGGGGGGUCCACCAAGCAAGGUCGUGGACGGAGGAAACACAGCGAGAGUCCGCAUGGUGAGAAGGAGACCUGCUCACCUGCAACGGUCACACCAGGGUCGCCCGUGAGCCCUUCCUCCCACGGCCCGCCGGCCAAACGCGGAGGGGGCGGAGGCAGAGGGUCCAGGGGUGCCCGGGGAGGCCGGUACGGCUACUCGCCCUGCCAGAGGGAACGAUCCACGCCCAAAUCCAAGAUGGCGGCUCAGAAGUCUCCUCCGCGGAGCAUGUUCCAGGACACACUGGAUUACUACAGCGGAGACAGCAGCAGCCUGUCCCCCAUGAGUCAUGGCCCUGAGACCUGCGAGUAUCCGUCUCCGUACUCGGGCCACAGCUCCACGGCGUCGUCUGACGAGCGCAUCUCGCAGAUCUACCCCAGCGAGACUACCUCCCUCUCGCCCAGCCCGUCCAUGCAACUCGACAUCCUGAAACCCUACCCUAAACCCGCCCAGUCACAGGCUCCCCACACCCAGUACUGCCCCUCAUCCUCCUCUAGGACAUUUAGCCCCACCCCGUCCCCGACGACGCCCCGCCUCAUGCCCCAGCAAUGUGGGGGCUCGUCCGGGAGCAAGGAGCCCAUCUCGCAGUAUGACUCACCCCGCUACAGCUCCCCGUCCCCGUGCUGGUACAACCCCCACGCCUACGAGGAUCCCCGGACGCCCCCGACCACCGCCAAACGAGACGUGGUACCAUCCACCCUGUCCAUGAUGAGCCCAGGCCUGAGGGCCGUCCCCCAAUCCCCCUACCAUACCCCUUCUCCCUCCGUACAACGAGGAGGUGGCCCUCACUCGGACGUGGGGGACCCUGAGGAGUAUGGGUACCCUCGAGGGGGCGUACUGUGCCAGCUGCUCGACCAGACCAGCGAGGACUGCUUCACCAGCCUCUAGACAACAACAACAGGUCUCCAUGGCAAUGUGUGCGGCACAGCUGAUAUGGACGACAUCUUGCUCAUUUUUACUCCUUUUUUAAAAAAAGAAAAAAAGACUGAAGAAAAGAUACAGAGGAGAACA